AAAACACUGCUCUUGUAAUGUGCGCGUGAAGUAAGUUGUGUGUGCGUUCCGAACGCUAGACUUAGUGUAUCAAUAUGGUGUAUCAGGUAUCUCUCCUCUCGGCUUACAUAGAGUCAAUAGCGCCGGCUCGAUUUGGUUUAACUACCAUCACGUUAAGCAAAGCAAACGGGCGCCAUACUGCUACAGGAUCAAACUUAAUCUGGUCCAAUCAUGGAAGAUUCAAAGGGUGGACGACUUUCUUCAACUGAGGAAACUUCAGAUGACAGGGACGAUGAUGUGUCUACAGCAGACGAACCCAACUCAGAAAUGAAGGACUAUGCCGAGUCUACUAUGAACGAACUUCUGGGUCUUUAUGGAUUUGAGAAAUUCGACAGAACAGAAACAGAACAUCUUAACGUAGACAGAUUCACCAGUCCUAGAGCAGACGAUCGCCUAUCGCCGCCAGAUGACGCUUCACGUGAUGACGUCAGUGUAGACAGUUGCGAUAGUUCGUCAGGAAGGAGCGAUCUUUCUAAAUAUAACAGAAGUAGAAGUAACAGCGAGACCAAUCUUGCUGCGCAACACCGCAACCUAGUCACGGCUCUGACCAAGAAACACGGACUAACGGGUGCCCCCGAAGGAACCAUUCCAUCUGGCUCCAUUGUCUGCGCUUGGUGUCAGAAGCUAGGCGUCAAACUGUUUACUCUGAAAACCAGCACCUCUACUAAGGCUUUCUGUAGUGAGCUCUGCUUUGAUCAGUGUCGAAGAGCAUCUUUUAAAAAGAACAAAAUUUGUGACUGGUGUAAACAUGUACGUCAUACUGUGAAUUACGUAGACUUUCAGGACGGUGAAACGCAGCUACAGUUUUGCAGUUCAAAGUGUCUAAAUCAGUACAAAAUGAAUAUAUUUUGUAAAGAGACUCAGGAACACUUGCAACAGAUUUCUCCAACAGAGGGUAAAUCUGAUACAGAGUGCAUGUCUGAUCAGCAGAUUCUAAUAACCCCUGAACUUUGGCUCAGCAAUGCAAAACAAAGCGCCAAAAACAGGCGGAAGGAUACGGGAGCAAACAGUGAGGAUCCUGAAAAAUCGUCCCAACAUUUACCUCAGAGACCCGAUUCCAAAACUGAUCAGAGCAGACGACAGUCUCCCUUGUCUGUGUCCUCAAGCUCUGAUAAACUUCCUGUCACAAACAGAAGCAUCUUGGAAAGAAUGCACAGUCGUGAUAAAAGCAAACGUAGUUCACUGAAAGACAGUUACCAUGAGCGAUCAGUACCAAGAUCAAAGUCCCCAGAUAGUGUACAGUCUACACAAAGUCUUGGAAUGCCCCUCGUUCCUCCACCUAUAUGGGCCCCAGCUUUUGGUAUGGGCAUUCCUCCCAUGGGUGCUGUUCCACCAUGGUUCUACCCAGGAUUUAUGCCUCCUGGUUUUAUGCCUCCUAGUAUGCCUAUGGAUGGGCUAGCAGUGUUGCCUACAAGAACUGCAACACCCACAGCCUCAAACAGCAAACGUUUCUCCGUUUCACCAAAUUACGAGAGCGAGUCUUCUAAAACCGCUAACGAGGAUCGGAGUAGAGCGUCAUCUCGACAGGUAGCGUCAGUCCGAAGUAACACCCCUAGGGCGAGUACUCCACGAAAUGCGACAUUCUCAACCCCCACUCCACCGAACGCUGCCAGUCUUCCGAACCAUGUAGGUAUGUAUGGCCAAAAUGGAAUGAAUCCUACAGCGUGUGGGAGUAUCCCUCCUCUAACUAUGAUACUUCCGGUUCCGGUACCGUUACCACUGCCGGUCCCUAUCCCACUUCCUCUGCCAAUCACAAUGGAAAAAAUAAUGGAGGUGUAUAACAAAACCAAAGAGGAUACGCCUUUGAAAGUGAACAUUAAAACGGAACCUGAGUUUGAGACUGAAAGAAAAGACUUUCCUCGAUUCAAAGGAGACGUGAACGAAAAUGAAACCAUUUCAAAAGACAUGCUUUCGUGUGCAUCUUGUAGUUCUGACAGAAGUGAGAGUGUAAAUUCGUGUGUUUCUCCCAUGUCUGACGUCAGGUAUGCCUCACAGUCGGAUCUUCUGAAACGUCCAUUUUCUCCAAAUAUGGAAGGAUCAUUGGAUCUCUCGAAACGAGCGCGUUUAGAGGACUCUUUUUCAGACCAGUCGUGUGAUGGUGCAAUAGAUUUGUCAAACACAUCUCAAAACAGGCAUAGGCUGUAUAAAGGAAAAGAAAAUAAAGACAAUGUUGAAAGUGAAAAUUCAUCGGCACAGGGAUCAGAAUCUAACAAUAAAAGUGGAGAUUCUGGACUAAAAAUACCCAAAAUCCACAUCAUUAGCCCCCGCCAUGACCCCCCUCUAUCUCAACAAUUACCUCUUCCGCCUGUCGACCCAAAGUACGCCAGCAGAAGAGGUUUGAUUCUAGAUGCUCCUCGAGUUCCUAAAAAACCGAGGAGUCCGUCUCCUGAUCGUCGAUCUUACGCCCGAUCAGUUCCGAAAGACGUAAUGGAAGCUGCUCGGAGAAGGUGCAUGAGAGCAAGAAUAAAGACUAAAUGAUUGUAAUUAACUUGUCUAAUUAUUAUUGAAAGUAUAUAGGGAAAUUAAGAUAGUAUUAAUGGCUUACGUAACAUGUGCUUAAAUCUCAUCCUUAUACGUACUCUAAAUCUGUAGGGUUUUUUUUUUUGGAGAUCGACUCUUUCAAGACAGAAAAUUCUUCUCUUUUUUGAGACUAAAGCUUAGGUAUUAUUUUUUAUUAACAAGUGCAAUUGUUAGUACUUAAGAUUGUGCAAUAUUGUGUUUGAAACGAAUGUCGAUUCGUUUAGAGGAUCCCUUUUUUGUCAUAUUUUGUUACGUUGCAACAAAGGAUUGUUGAUUUCGCUCUUGAAAUUUAAGGAAGAAGUAAAUGCCAUAAAUGUGCUGCAUUAUUUGUUUCUUUCUGUAAAAAGCAAUUUUGUAAGUAGUUCAUUGUAUGUAGUAAGCUUUAUCAACAUUGAUGUUUACGAAAGAAAAAAUUGUAAUUUUGAAAUAAAAAAAAAAAUAAAAGAAA